AUGGCGGUUAAUGUUCUGGGUUUGGUAGUGCUUCUAGUAUUUUACCUUAUCAUUAUUAUUGUGGGGAUUCUGGCCGGCAAACUGAAAAAGAAACCAAAUGGGGUGUCCAGAAUGGAAGAGGCAGUAGUGGCGGGGAGGGACAUAAAUGUUUUUGUCGGAAUAUUCACUAUGACAGCAACAAUAGUGGGCGGAGGAUUCAUAAAUGGAACAGCCGAAUCUAUUGCAUCCUCUGGCAUGGUGUGGACACUAGCUCCAUUUGGAAUUUUUAUUGGAUUAAUCACUGGGGGUGUUGUAUUUGCUCGUCCAAUGCGAGAACGGAAAUUCUUGACCAUGUUGGACCCAAUCCAGGAGAAAUCUGGAGAUGUUAUUGUGGUUCUGGUUUAUAUAGCCACCCUCUGUGGGGACGUUUUCUGGACAGCCUCUAUUCUUGUAGCGUUGGGUACAAGUCUCAGUGUGAUUGUGGACCUUCCGUUAAGCAUCGCCAUAGUGAGCUCCUCGGCAGCUACCGUCUGUUACACCAUGUUUGGUCAGAUGAUCUCUGUUGCGUACACGGACAUAGUUCAACUCAUCUUCAUUAUAACUGGUUUGAUUUUAAGUUUACCUUUUAUACUAACUAACGACAAAGUAGGGAACAUUUCUGAUACUACAGAGUUGUGGAUUGGACAGUUUGAUGUCGGCAUGACCAGUCCUUGGAUUGACCUUUUCACUGCCAUGAUUUUUGGGACGAUUCCUUGGCAGUCCUAUUUUCAGAGAGUACUGUCAGUCAGAAGUGGUAGACACGCCCAGAUUCUCUCUAUAGCCGGGGCUUUUAGUGCCGUUAUCUUAGCCAUUCCCUCUGUUCUUAUAGGGGCAGUGGCAACCAGUGCAGACUGGACCAAUACGACUUUAAGAUUUUCUCCAAUGGCCCUCAAUCAGUCAAGCAUGACUCUACCGUAUGUUCUACAUGAGUUCACUCCUAGCUGGGUGGCUGUCUUGGCUUUAGGUGCUGUCUCUGCAGCAGUGAUGUCGUCCAUGGAUAGUUCUAUCCUGGGCUCUAGUUCUAUGUUUACCAACAACAUCUACAGGAAGAUUCUAAGAAAAAAGGCUGGGGACACAGAGUCGGUAUGGGUACAAACAAUCUCUAUAUUCUGUGUGGGGGUAUUGGCUACUCUCGUCUCACUUUUUGUUCCCAUUGUGUACGGAUUAUUCGUUCUGGCAGCAGAUAUCGUUUUUGUGAUUGUAUUACCUCAGCUUUUCUGUGCUGUAUUCAUUAGGUGGACCAAUGUCUACGGAGCAAUUCCAGGAUUCCUCGUAGGAACCAUUCUGAGGAUAGGAGCGGGGGAAGUCCUGUUAGACUGGCCUCCAUUUAUUGAGUAUCCAUUCUACAGUGUCGAAUCAGGACAAAUAUUUCCCUUCAGAACGUUUGCAAUGAUUAUAUCAGUAAUUAUUAUUGUAACAAUUUCGUUGUUUGUAAAUCUGCUUAGAAAGCACUUGUGUAAAAAGGCACAUCAAGUGUACUUUCUGUCUCUUGAUGCGAAAGGAAACACACAAACUGAAAUCGUAGAUCGUUCAUCUUCCAGCGACCAGCUGGUGUCUUUCCCAAGAGCAGAAGGAUUGUAAUUUAGUCAUCAAUCAGUUGUCGUACACAAAAACGAUGUUUUCUUUAUAAGUUUAAAUUACCAGUAUCUUUUGAUUUGAUAUCAUAAUACCGCCUUUACCAGUUUUCAUUUGUUAUUUCCCGUCAUGCAUCAGACUUUUAACAUUUCAUUUCUUUUUCAAAACAAAAUGUACUGCAUGGAGAAAUUCUGACCAAACUUGCGAUAAAGUAUAAUGGACAGAUUCAAGUAUAUUAAAAAAAGUGUUAUUGUUCGCUUUAAUCGGAGAAAAUUACAAAAAAAGUAGAGUUUGGUCAUUUAAGGAAAUCUUUUCAAGCAAUAAAAUGAUUUUUUUCCAUACUUGCAUAACAGAAAUUAAUUAAGGAAAGUUACUCGUAAGAACUUGCUUCUGUUCCUUUUAUAAAUAAUAUGCAAUAAAAUACAUUCAAACCACACACUAAACCAGAAAUGAUAAAAUAAACAUUAGUUGAGGAAUUCAAUUUUUUCGAAGCAUGGCCAUUGGGACCAGGUUUGGAACACUAAAGGUGCCCUAAGUUUUACAUAAAAAUAUAUAGUAAAAAAUUAAAAUCUUCCUUUCAAGAAGUAAUGGACUAUCAUUUGUCAGACUUGCAUGUAAACACUGCUUAAUGUUUGUUCAAUCCAUUGCCUCUGAGAUUUGGAUGGGACCACAUUGACAAAAGAGCCAAAAGUUUAUCUUGGACAUAUAAAAAAAAAAAAAAAAAUCUUAAAACAGUCUUCUUCUCAGAAGAAUACUUGUUGUUAAAUUUCUAAGCAAGCAUCAUCAUAAUUAUUUCAAACCAUGAUCCCUGGGCAGGGAUUGUUAUUCAAGGUACCAAAGUUUUACAUAGCAGUAUUAAGAAAAAAAAGUCUCUUCGAAUAUAGGGAUUGGAAAUGUACAAAUCGUCAAAUUAUUCAGGCAUAAUCAUAUAUAUUGCUGUUCAAACCGUUGCACUGGAACAGUGGUCAAAGAAACAGAAAGAGAAAAACACUCUCUGGACCCAGAAAUGGGUAAGAUUUUUACAUAAGUAUAUAUAUUGCACAAU